AUGUCGAGCAGACAAUUACGCAAGAUCCGCCAGCAGCAGGAGCUCCUCAAGGCGACGACCCCUUCAGAGGAGGAAGCCAAGGGCGAGUCUGAGGAGGAAGAGCUGGCGCCGCGUGUGAAGCCCAGAGUCAGCAUGUUUGCGGCGCUCGGCGGCGACGACGAAGACGAAGAUAAAGACGAAAGCGACGACGAAACGAAAGAAGCCGAAGAGAAGCACGACGAGGAGCAAGAACCAGAGACAGCCCAGCCCGCCGCGACUUCGAAGAGGAGCAAGAAAAAGAAAAAGAAGGGAAAGAAGAAGCAAGGCGGCGGCAAAGAGAAGGUGGCUUCCGCACCUCAGGGUAUCGAGGAGGAUGAGAUAGAUAAAGCGUUGAGGGAGCUCAAUAUCCGGCCUCAAACUUCGACGACAGGCGAGACUAGGGUGGCUGGCGAGGGUGCUCCCGCGCAAGACCAGCAACGAGCCAAGGUUCUCGCGAUCGAUCCUUACCAUCUGAAGGCUAUCCACGAGAUGCAGAACCUCUUCGGUAGAGAGGUCAUUGAGGCGGCGAGGAUCGAAGAGGAGGCAGAAGCUGUCGCGGCGAGACGCCGGCUGCUACAGGGAGGGCCGCAAACCCAGGUGGAUCUGGAGACGUUCCUGAGGGAAGAUCCGGGGAAGAAACUCCCCGAGAUUACCUUGCGGCGGAACAUGUUCAUCCAGGGCAAGGACUUUUGGCCUCGUGCCACGGCGGGGGGAUUGUCCAUGAAGGAAAUCCGAGCUGAUCCUUCAGGGGCAUGGACCGAAUACGCCUUUGUGCACAGCAAGCAGUACAAUACAGUCCAAGUCAUUUUCUUUCAUUGCGCCAAUAUCGGCGACCCUAUGCGACUGGUACACCUUCUCAAACAAUUCCCCUACCACAUAUCCACACUGCUCCAAGUAAGCAGCUUUGCAAAGAACCAAGAUCAGAACCAAGCUCUUGCUGCCGAUCUCUGCGAACGGGCUCUCUUUACCUUUGGCAGAGCCACGCUUUCGAGCUUCAGACAGAAUCUAGAGAGGGGUAGAGCGAGACUUGACUUUAGGAGGCCGGAAAAUCGACAAUUCUGGCUGGCUGGAUACCACUACCUCAAGAGUCUCAUGCGCAAAGGCACAUACCGGACUGCCUUGGAGUGGGCCAAGCUUCUUUUUAGCCUGGACCCCGCUGAUCCCUAUGGCAUGAAUCACUUGAUCCACAUUCUAGCCAUUAAAUGCCACGAGUCGGAAUGGCUCCGGUCCUUUUUGGACACAUUUGAGCCGAGUAAUCUCCAUGGAGAGAUGCGGUAUUACCGAAACACACUGGUACUUGGGUUGCAGCAGCGGCAAGAGGAUGCUGAGGCGAAGAGGAGACUAAUCGAGGGAAUGGAGGACGUGCCCUGGCUGUUCUGUGCGCUAUUCCAAGCACUGAAUAUCGACGCGCCGCCACAGAUCUGGGGAGUCCAGCCUCCUAGCGAGGUCAACGUAUUCUACACGAAGCUAUACAUCCAAAUGGCCAAGGACCUUUGGAACCAUCCCCGGGCGACGAGUCUGCUCAAAGACGCCGCUAACUCGGCGAAGAAGCAAGAAUCUCUCAAGGCAACAGAUGCACUUCUCGAGCUCAGGACGGUACGGUUCGUAUACCUAGAAGGCAACACGGAAAUGUUGUCCCUCGUGCCCAGGCACUACCUCGAGCGACAGCCCAACUACGAUUUCGACCCCUUGCCCCCUGACGUGUCGGAGAACAUUUUCGCGAGCCCGACGAGCGGGGUGGCGCUGCCGUUCACAAGCCCAGCACUUAACCCGGCUGAGAGACAGGCGCGCCUCUUGAUGGAGCUUAUGCAGGGGCGAAACGGAGGAGCCGCGGGCGCGGGCGCGGGCGCGGGCGUAGGAGGCAUGCCGGGGGGCAUGGAUGAAAUGGGAGUCGAUGAGGUUAUGGCUCAGGCAUUGGGCCUCGAGAACCUUGAUGACCUUGACCUGGACGAGGAUGAUGAGCUGGAAGAUGAUGAUGCGACGAUUGGGGCGGAGGAUUUGAAUCAGCCCUCAGUGCAGGAGUCUAUUUACAACCGGUUGCUGCAGCUGUUUGGUGGGCGACGAGAUGUAGCGGAGAGGGCCGAAGAGAGAGAGGGAGAGGGAGAUGGGGACAGAAACGCGGGGGCCACGGCAACGACUUCGGCUUCGGGUGGGUUGCCUGGAGCUUGGCCCGUGGAUGAGGAUGAUGAAGUGGGCGGAGGCGAUCGACGCGCCGAUGGACAGGGUGGAUGA